UUCAUCUGCUAAUACUACUCACUACCGCACGUGAGAGCUAUCCCCUUCUAGUCUGUGGUUCUAGGGUUUUCUAUCGCAUGUUUAGAAAAGAGAGAAAAAAUGCUACAGUGGAUGGACGUCUUCAAAAGCAAUUAUGAACUUCAGUAAUUGAGACCACUUUUUGUCUUCAAAUUGCUGGCUAGUGAAGAACUUGAAACGCCGAAUUAACUCUCCAGCACUGCAGUAGGGCUCUGCAGAUGUGAGUUGGAGCUUCGAGGCGGCAGCGUCUUGACGUCAGGUCAGGACGGGACGCCCCACCACUCAAGCGGGUUGCAGCGAGUUGGAUCUCCACUCGGUUUGCACAGCACUGUGCGGCGGGAUAACUGUCUACUUGCGGCGCCACUAUUGAUAAAGACCGCAUGGGCCGUGGAAGCGAAGGAAGAUUGCUCAUUGAGACGCACAUGAACGGAAGUACAAGGCAUUGACAAGUUGAUUAGUUGGACCCGGUGAGAGUGCCAGAGUUCACGCUGCGAGUGCUGUUGGCUAUAUUCACCCUCCAUGAUGAUCAUCUAUACAGCUCCAUGACAUGAUGUUCCUGCCCUCCUCCCUGCCCCCCGCCUCCUCCCUCCUCCUCCUCCUCCUCUCCUUUCUCUCCUCGUCCCUCCUUCCCCCUUCGCUGGCUCACUCCCCGCUGAGCUGGACUUCGCCCCAUGAUCCCUGCUACCACCUGGACGGGGGCCCGCGCCACUGCAUGUCGGAGUUCAUCAACGCCGCCUACGGCGUCCCCGUCGGCGCCGCGCAGUCCCUCCGGGAUGCCUCCGGCCAGAACGCCGUCAACGUCAGCACCCUCACGGACCUCCACAACCCCCACAACCUGACCUGCUGGACUGCCCAGUCGGGGGGCCGCGGCGGCGGGGACUGGGUCCUCACCCUCCCCCUGGGCCGGCGUUUCGAAAUCACCUACAUCAGCCUGCAGUUCUGCCAUCAGGGGGAACCGUCGGAUCCGGUCUCCAUCUCCGUGCUCAAGUCCAUGGACCACGGGCGGAGCUGGAAGCCCAUGCAGCACUACUCCAGCGACUGCCCAGGGAGGUUCGGGAUCCAGGCCCAGACAGUGGCCAGGACCAGGCACCAGGAGACGGAGCCCCUUUGCUCGGACCCACGGCCACUGCAGAGGCACCGAGGCGGGAUGGUCCUGGCCUUUUCCACGCUGGACGGAAGGCCGUCUUCCCCGGACUUCGACUACAGCCCCACCCUGCAGGAUUGGGUGACGGCCACGGACAUCCGGCUGGUGUUCCACCAGGGAGCCCAGUCCCAGCUGACCAAGGCGGGGAGUCCGGCGGACAGGGGGGCGGGGACGGGGGCGGGAGCGAGCGGGGGGCUUCUGAGGUGGAGGGCGGGGUCGAGGAAGGAGGCUGUCGUGGGUCAGGUGAACGGGGACACCAACGCCCUGGGGCUCGCGGCAGUGAGAAAGCCUGGGAAGCGAGAGCGAGGCGGAGGACAGAAAAUGGACAGGUCUACCCAGAGGGGGCACGCAAGGGAGUUGGGGAGUCGGGGAGAGGAUGGACACGACGUGACCCGGAAGGAGUCGGAAGCAGACUCUCAGGGAGUGGACAAGAGAGGAAACAGGAAUGGAAAAGGGCGUGGCCAUAGUAGGGAGGAGGACCGUGUUUGGUGUCGUGAUGGCGCCGUCUGUGAUUGGACAAUCCAGGGCCAGGGUGGGGGCAACAAGGGGAGGGAAUUGAGGAGGAGGAGAAACAACAGUCCGAACUCCAAAUUGAAAGCGAGGAAUCGCGUCCAGCAGGCUCCUCCCUCCCCGCUCAUCUCCGACCCCCCCGCCCGCUCCCCCCUGGCGCUCUCAGAUCUGCAGGUGGGCGGCAGGUGUAAGUGUAGUGGGCACGCCUCGCGGUGUCGCCGCGACGACGCGGGCAAGGCCGUUUGCCUGUGCGAGCACCACACAGCGGGGGCGGACUGCGACGUAUGCGAGGACUUCUACUUCGACAGACCCUGGCAAAGAGCCACGCCUAGCCAGCCACACCCCUGCAUCCCCUGUGACUGCAACGGCCACUCAUCGAAGUGCCGGUUCAGCAUGGAGGUUUUCCAGCAGUCCGGCCGGCGCAGUGGGGGGGUGUGUCUGAAGUGUCGACAUCACACGGCGGGACGCCAUUGCCAGUACUGCCAGAAUGGAUACACCCGCGACCACAGCAAGCCCCUCAACAACCGCAAGGCUUGCCAACCGUGUCAGUGUCACCCUCUGGGCGCGGUUGGUCACUGGUGUAAUCAGACGUCCGGACAGUGCCUGUGUCGGGACGGGGUGACUGGGCUGAGGUGCAACCGCUGCGCCGCGGGCUACAAACAGGGGCGCUCCCCGCUCCGGCCCUGCAUAAGAAUCCAGGAGGUGACCCCCACAACGCCAGAAUACCAGCCCCAGUACAGUCUAGCGGAGGAAUGUGUCUCGUACUGCCAGCCAUCCCAGGUUAAAGUCCGGAUGAAUCUGGAAACUUACUGCCUGAAGGAUUUCGUCCUUAAGCUGCAGGUCAGGGGCAUGGAGCGUUCGGGCCCCUGGUGGCACUUCUCAGUCUGGAUCCAGACCGUGUUCCGUACCAGGUCUUCAUCCCGCGUUCGCCGGGGCCCACAGGCUCUCUGGGUUCCCGACCGCGACCUUGGCUGCGGCUGCCCUUCUCUUCAGGUGGGCCGCACCUUCCUGCUGAUUGGCGCCGAAGAUGGGGUGCGUGGCUGGGGCCCGGAGGAGAGGCGGCUAGUGGCUGAUAGAUCCACACUGGCCCUCCAGUGGAGGGAACACUGGAACCCCAAACUGAGAGGGUUCAGGGGGCAGGACAAGAGGGGCCGCUGCCCCCCCAAGUUACCCGGGGGUGGCGACGACCAAAGGAGCCACUCGAAACACCAGCACUCAGAAUACACCCCGCCUCAUCUUGUGACAGCGAAAGAGACAGAGGUCAAAGUGCACCCACACACACGUUUGCGUACUGCGCACUCAGUUCCUGAGGAAGACGUGGAAGAAGAGGCAGAGGACUCUGUGAAACGCUCCAUGGACACACACUCUCGUACCAUGCCCUCGGCACUACCUGAACCGCCCCGAACCCAGGGACACACUCCCUCCCCGUCCACACCCAGUCUCAUAUGUUUUACCCAGAACCCUGUCUGAAACGCAGGAGGAAUGAGAGAGAGGAAAGACAAGAGACGACGAAGACAUAAAAUAAAUCAAGUCAAAAAGUCGGGAUCAAUAAAGUACACCCAUUUGACGGUUCAUCUCAGAAGAAGAGAGGCUGGUGAUGUAUGGGGAAGCGCGAGAGAACGAGGGAUCUCUUUUAAGUACUCUGUCCAGACAAAUGAAGGGAUGGUCCCUCCAUCUUUCCCUCCAAAUGUCAGUGAGGAGUAGAUGAGAGAGGUUUGUCAUUGGUACAAGAGCAACCUGUAUUUUACACACCUUAAUGUGUAGUCCAGAUGUUGAAGAAGCCCACAUGAACAUUACCAUUACAAUGUUUUUCUACUGAAUCACUUGAAGGGCUCUAUUCAAUAUAAAAAAAAUCACUGAAAAAUCUGACUUUUCUGAUAGAGCUGAAUUAUACAGUACAGCAAAUAUAUAUCAUGAAUUUAGUCACAUCGUUUGUACAUUUAAAACACUGUAAUUCUGAACUUCUGCCAUACUGAUUGAAUGAGAGCCUUUAGUAUUGUUGCGACUCUCCGAAUUUACACUGUAACAGUGACAAUAAUUAGUUGUCUUAUUGCAUCAUAUGAAGUCAUUGGGUUUCCUAUAAAAAUAAUAUGUAAUAUAUUUAUGCUUUGAAUUGAUUAUGAUUUGUAAUAGAUCCUGAUUACAAGACAUUAAAGAUGAAAUGUAAUAAUAUUUAGGCUCAUGCAGUAGGAGUACAAGAUGUGUCACAAGAUAUAUUAUAUAACACUCUACCUCACAGUCACCAUGGUGAUGGAAAUAAAGGUAAUAUUGUUUUUCCUGUUUGACAGAAACGUACAAACGUGUAGCUGAUUACUGUACUUUGUGGUUGUAAGAUGACCCCAAAAACUGGGUUGGCUGACACGCUAGUUCCUGUUCACCGAAAACGGUUGCCGUGGGCUGAGCCACGCAACUGCGUUCUAGAAAACGACACCGACAGACUGCCAUUUGGAGGAACACAGAGUCAUUCUAAAAUAGGAACGUUAACCUCAGAUGGAGCCCGAAUCCUACCGCAGAACUUGUAAACAAGAGAUAUAGAUCUAAAAAGCAUUUGUCGAAUGUAAUGUCACAAGUUCUGUUUUGGUCCGGAACAUACAGCACAAUGGCCCAG